AUGGCUAUGGAGCCUGCACCUAAAGACAUAGAGCCUGGCAAGGUAGCAGAUCCUGAAGUCGACACCCGCGCGGACGACGAGGAUCUCAAGAACGUGGAGCACGAGCAGAGAAAUGUCGGCACUCUUGAUCGCAAACUCAAGUCCCGUCAUGUUCAAUUUCUCGCAUUAUCUGGCGCAAUCGGCACUGGUCUGUUCGUCGGAAGUGGCCAAGCUUUGAGUCUCGCUGGACCGCUAUCCACGUUCCUCGCCUACCUCAUCACGGGAUUCAACCUCUAUGCUGUCAUCAACUCUCUCGGCGAGAUGGCCACAUACCUGCCUCUUCCUGGCGCUGUCCCAGUGUUUGCGGCACGAUUUGUCGACCCUGCUCUGGGUUUCACCCUGGGCUGGAACUAUUGGUAUCAACUUGCAAUCGGAGUGCCCAUCGAAAUCUCCGCUUCGGCGGUCGUGAUAGGAUACUGGCCAAAUUCGGUGUCCAACGCUGUUUGGAUUACCAUUCUUUUCAUACCAAUGGUGGCCAUAAACUGCUUCCCAGUGCGCGUCUAUGGCGAGGCCGAAUUUGUCUUUGGUGCGAUCAAGCUGACCACUAUCGUUGGGCUUAUCUUGCUGAUGUUGAUCAUUACCCUCGGUGGCGCCCCAAACCACGACAGAAUUGGCUUUCGAUAUUGGGAUCAUCCCGGUCCGAUGCUGGAAUAUCUCGAAACUGGGGCUUUGGGUCGCUUCCUCGCCUUCUGGAAAAUCUUCAUCUCUGCGACUUUUAGCUACGGAGGCAGUGAAAUGGUGGUCAUCGCAGCCGGGGAGACUGAAAACCCUCGAAGAAAUAUCCCCAAAGCUGUACGCAGAGUGUUUUGGAGAGUUGCACUUUUCUAUUGUCUCACGAUGCUAUUGAUUGGCAUGUGUGUCUCAGCAAAGGACCCUCGACUCUUGAAUGCAAUCGACACCUCGGCCCCGGGAGCAGCAGCAAGUCCUUUCGUGAUUGCGAUCGUCAAUGGAGGAAUCCCAGCACUCCCGUCCAUCAUCAAUGCCGUCAUUCUAUCAUCUGCAUGGUCAGCAGGUAACUCAUUCUUCUACGCUUCCACGCGAGUGCUAUACGCCACUGCUCUUGAUCACAGAGCUCCUGCCUUUCUCAAAUUCGAACGAUUCGGUGUGCCCUAUGCAUGCGUGGCUGCGCCCACCCUCCUCAGCCUGCUGGUCUACCUCAAUGUGAGCUCUCGUUCAACCGAUGUCUUCUUCUGGAUAUCGAACUUGUCGGCCGUGAGCACCUUGAUCGUCUGGGCCAGCAUCUGUGUCACGUACCUGCGCUUCUACUAUGCUCUCAGGCAUAACGGCAUAGCACGAUCCAGCCUUCCAUACAAGUCACCACUGCAGCCAUUCCUGGCUUACUUUUCAGUCUGCUUCUGCCUCAUUGUCGCUCUUUUCAACGGAUUCGACUGUUUCUUCCCCGGUCGCUUUAGCGCGAAAUCAUUCAUCCCGCCUUAUAUCGAUAUGCCAAUCUUUGCCUGUCUCUUCUUGGGUUACAAGUUCGUCAAGGGAACAAGAUUCGUGCGUCUGAAGGAGAUGGACUUGUGGAGUGGAAAAGCUGAGAUUGACCGCAUGGAAGGAACUUGGCCAGAGGUGAAACCAAGGAACAUCUUUGAACGGGUGUGGUUCUGGAUUGCUUGA